AUGAGAGCCGUGCUGGCCUGGAAGGAGUCUGUGCGGGACCAGUGUGUGUAUGAUCUUGCUUUCAAGCCAGAUGGCACCCAGCUCAUUGUUGCUGCAGGAAAGCGAGUUCUUGUUUUUGAUGCUGUGGAUGGAACAAUUAAUCAACCGCUAAAAGGACACAAAGAUACUGUCUACUGUGUUGCUUACGCCAAAGAUGGCAAGAGGUUUGCCUCGGGAUCUGCAGAUAAAAGCAUUAUUAUCUGGACAUCAAAACUUGAGGGCAUUUUGAAAUAUACGCAUAAUGACUCAAUCCAGUGCCUUGCUUAUAACCCUGUCACUCACCAACUGGCGUCCUGUUCCACUGGUGACUUUGGCCUGUGGUCACCAGAGCAAAAAUCUGUGAAUAAACAUAAAGUAAACAGCAAAAUUACAUGCUGUGGGUGGACAAAUGAUGGACAGUAUCUAGCUCUUGGUAUGAUGAAUGGAGUCAUAAGCAUUCGCAAUAAGAAUGGAGAAGAGAAGGUCAAGAUUGAGCGUCCAGGAGGCUCUUCAUCUCCCAUCUGGUCUAUAGCCUGGAAUCCCUCCAAAGAUGAGCACAAUGACAUCUUGGCUGUUGCAGACUGGGGCCAGAAGCUGUCCUUCUAUCAGCUCAGUGGAAAACAGAUUGGAAAGGACAGGACCCUGAACUAUGACCCAUGUUGCCUGAGUUACUUCUCCAAAGGAGAGUACAUAGUGAUGGGAGGCUCUGACAAACAGGUGUCUCUUUACACCAAAGAUGGUGUUCGCCUGGGGCCCAUCGGAGAGCAGAGCUCGUGGGUGUGGACGUGUGGGGUCAAACCUGACCAGGGCAUGAACUAUGUGGUGUUGGGCUGCCAAGAUGGAACGAUCUCCUGCUAUCACCUUAUAUUCAGCACCGUGCAUGGCCUUUAUAAAGAUCGCUAUGCUUACAGAGACAACAUGACCGAUGUCAUUGUGCAGCAUCUUAUCACUGACCAAAAAGUGAGAAUCAGAUGUCGCGAAUUGGUUAAAAAAAUUGCCAUCUACAGAAACCGCCUCGCCAUCCAGCUCCCAGAGAAGAUCUUCAUCUACGAGCUUUACUCGGACGACUCCACAGACAUGCAUUACCGCAUCAAGGAGAAAAUCGGGAGGAAGUUUGAAUGCAACUUGUUGGUGGUCUGCUCUCAACACAUCAUCUUGUGCCAGGAGAAGCGGCUGCAGUGCUUGUCGUUCACCAGCGUCAGAGAAAAAGAAUGGGUGAUGGAAUCUCUGAUCCGCUACAUCAAAGUGAUUGGUGGUCCACAAGCCAGAGAGGGCCUGCUCGUCGGGCUUAAGAAUGGAGCUAUUUUGAAGAUAUUUGUUGACAACCCAUUCCCCAUCACAUUACUGAAGUUGUCUACUUCAGUGCGGUGCCUGGACAUGAGCACCUCACGCAAUAAACUGGCUGUAGUGGAUGAACACAACACUCUUCUGGUUUAUGACAUCAAUAGCAAAGAACUACUUUUUCAGGAGCCUAAUGCUAACAGCGUGGCAUGGAACACCCAGUGUGAGGACAUGUUGUGCUUCUCUGGCAAUGGGUAUCUCAACAUCAAGGCCAGCAACUUCCCAGUCCACCAGCAGAAGAUGCAGGGCUUUGUGGUUGGCUACAAUGGCUCUAAGAUCUUUUGCCUCCAUGUUUUCUCCAUGUCUGCAGUGGAAGUGCCUCAGUCAGCCCCCAUGUACCAGUAUCUUGAGAAGAAGAUGUUUAAGGAGGCCUAUCAGAUCGCCUGUCUGGGUGUGACAGACAGUGACUGGAGAGAUUUGGCCACCGAAGCCCUGGAGGGGCUUGACUUUGAUACCGCUAAAAAGGCCUUCAUUCGAAUAAGAGACCUGCGAUACCUGGAGCUCAUUAACAGUAUUGAGGAGCGGAAGAAGCGCGGCGAGAGCGACAAUGAGCUGUUUCUGGCAGACGUCUGUGCCAACCAGGGGAAAUUCCACGAGGCGGCCAACCUCUACAAACGCAGCAACCAGGAACCUAAGGCCCUGCGCAUGUACACAGACCUGCGCAUGUUUGAUUUCGCUAAGGAUUAUGUUGGCGGGACAGACCCAAAGAGCUCGCGGGACCUGAUGGCCAAACAGGCAGACUGGGCCAAGAGCAGUAAGGAGCCUCGGGCUGCAGCGGAGAUGUACCUGACUGCUGGAGAACACCUCAAAGCCAUCGAGAUCAUUGGAGAGAACGGCUGGGCCGAUAUGCUAAUAGACUUAGCUCGGAAGUUGGACAAAGCGGAACGCGAGCCCUUGGCGAAGUGUGCACACUAUUUCAAAAUGCUCCAGCACCACGGCUUCGCCUCGGAGACCUACUCAAAGAUGGGAGACUUGCAGGCUCUGGUGCAGCUGCAUGUGGAGACCCGGCACUGGGAUGAGGCUUUCUCAAUGGUGGAGAAACACCCACAGUUUAAGAAUAAUGUUUAUGUACCAUAUGCUCAAUGGUUGGCAGAAAACGAUCGCUUUGAGGAGGCCCAGAAUGCAUUUCACAAGGCGGGGCUACAAAACGAGGCGGUGAAAGUCCUGGAGCAGCUUACCCACAAUGCAGUGGUGGAGAACAGGUUCAGUGAUGCUGGCUAUUAUUACUGGAUGCUCUCCAUGCAGUGCCUGGACAUCGCUCGAGAAAGUGAAGACCAGUGCAGUGAGAUGCUGAGGAUGUUUGAUCGAUUCCAACACCUGGCAGAACUCUAUCACGUCUAUAGAUCUAUUCAACGCUACACCGAUGAACCCUUCAGUUCUCACAUGCCAGAAACUCUAUUCAACAUUUGCCGGUUUCUCUUGAACAAUCUCACCAAAGAAAUACCUCCAGGCAUUUCCAAAGUAAACACCUUCUAUGCGUUGGCGAAGCAGAGCAGAAAACUGGGCGCCUACAAACUGGCCCGGUACUCGUACGAGAAGCUCCAGGAGUUGCACGUCCCGUCUCGGUUUCAGCACUCGGUGGAAGUGGGCAGCCUGACCAUCCGGGCCAAACCCUUCCACGACAGCGAGGACCUGACUGAGGGCAUGAUGUGUUACCGCUGCUCCACCAACAACCCCCUGCUCAACAACCAGGGCAGUGUGUGUAUCAACUGUAGACAACCUUUCAUCUAUUCUGCCUCCUCGUAUGAGGUGUUGCCGCUCGUGCAGUUUUACCUGGAGGGGGGCAUUUCAGACGAGGAGGCGGUCUCUCUCAUUGACCUGGAAGUCCCUCGCUCAGAUCAGAGGGACACCCAGUGGACCGGUGCGGACAGUAGCGGAGAGCCUCAGUCUUUAAAAAUAGAUGAUGGCUUCAGCGAGGCCGAGGAUGACCCUUUCACGGCCAAAAUGACCUUUGAGCAAGGGGGCUCAGAGUUCGUCCCGGUGAAGGUGAGCCGCUCGGUGCUGCGCUCCAUGAGCAGACGGGACGUCCUGAUCAAGCGCUGGAACAAACCUCUGAAAUGGGAAUAUUUCCGCUCCCUGUUGCCCGAUGUGAGCAUCACCAUGUGCCCCACCUGCUUCAAGAUGUUCCACAGUGAAGACUACGAGCUGCUGGUGCUGCAGCACAACUGUUGCCCGUACUGCCGCAGACCCAUCGAUGAGCCAAACUGA